AUGGAAAAAACAAACAUCACUUUACGAAAACACAAAUCUAAAUCAGUUACAGAUCUUUCAAUAAUUAUCGAUGAAUGCAAUGUAAAUUAUUCGAAUCCUUUCGACACAUCUACGCUAAGUUUACCAAACACUUCCAUCACGGAAAAUGACUACACAAAAAACUUACAACGUCAAAUUAAUGAACAGAAAUUAUUACUGGAAUCUGCUAACGAAGAAGUGGAGCGAUUAUCUCUAGAAAAUAUAGAUCUAAAAAAAACUCUAGCCCAAAGAGAAAAUACUCUAAGUUUAAUGAAAAAAAUUGGUAUUUCUGAAAAUUCAGUAAUGUCUUCUCCGGUCAUAAAAAGAAUUAAAAACUUUAUAUCUGUGGGUAAAACUCCUACAAAAACAAAUUCCAUAUCCCCUAAGACAAGUAUUACACAAGUAAUUAAUCUUGAAAACAAAAUUAAGAAACUUGAACAAGAAUUGGAAGAUGCUAACAGACAAAUAGAAAAAUUAAACCAAAAUAUAAAAAAAUUACAGGGUAAUGUAAUAUGCUCCACAACAAAAAAAGAAGCCAAAGAGUACACCGAAAAUCAUUCCACGUGCACCACAGACCUGACACCUUCGCAAUUUCAAACAAAAAUAAUAGUAAAGAAUGGAAUAAGCUCCAUGAUUCCAACAUACAGCACUAAGAAAAAAAUAUUUAUCAUCGCAGAUCAACAGGGUCGAGGAGUUCGUCACUGCCUUCAAAACCUUAUCGGAGAUGAAUUUUUAGUCACUUCUCUAUGGAAACCGGGUGCGAAAACGUAUGAUCUAUUAUCCUCAUUUAAACAGGAAUUGUUGUCACUCACAAGUAAAGAUUACGUCAUAAUUAUGGGGGGAAUUAAUGACAAAAAUCCAUUUGAAUUUAAGUGUAAUAUAGAAGUUUAUUUGAAUUCUUUAUCAAAUACAAAUGUAAUUAUAUCCGAAAUUCCAUAUAACAAACUUUUAAAUGAAAAAAAAAUUAAAUUAUGA